GUGGAGGGGGUGUAUUUGGAGGACGCGGGCCAAUCAGCUGCGCCGGGAGGGCCCUACCGGCCAAUCAAGUACGCGGGAGGGACGGACAUCGUGUGGCGGGGGGAGAUUGAGCCAAUGCCGUUGCGACAAGUGGUGGUUCACGCCAUGGCUGUGUGGCUAGCUGGCAUGGCAGCAGAGGAGCUGAUGUUUGGCCGGGUUGACUACUUCACUCGAUCCGACGGCUGGUAUUCAUUCGCUGAUGACCUUGCAAAUG